UUUCCGCAGCGACAGCUGAUGUGCCAGGUCUUCCGCUCCGUCAACUGUUUGCUCUUGAAUACAUGUUGACGAACAUACAGCUGCACGUCGUUUUAAUUUGAUUCAGACAGCAAACAUGUUGCACAGGGACAGAGUACCGCUGUUAUGGCUUUUCCUGCAGGCUGCAGUGGUCGUGGCGUGGUGUUUCACCGACAUGGAGACGGGGCCUGGCGCUGGUGUACCGACACAGCCUAACGGAGAUCGGUUCAAAAUCGAGGGCAGAGCGAUAGUCCCGGGGGUGAAAACACAAGACUGGGUCUCCACGGCCAGGAUCCUCGUGGAAGGUGAAGAAUACGUGGGAUUUUUGAGAACCGAUGGGAGUUUUGCGGUGAAUGAUGUCCCCUCAGGAUCCUACGUUGUGGAAGUUGUCACUCCUACCUUUAGAUUUGAACCAGUGCGUGUUGAUAUCACAUCCAAGGGUAAAAUGAGGGCACGUCUUGUGAACUACAUUAAGACUUCAGAAGUAAUUCGCCAGCCAUAUCCUCUUCAAAUCAGGUCUAAUGGUCCACACACCUACUUCAUGAAGAGAGAAACCUGGGGCUGGACAGACUUCCUCAUGAACCCAAUGGUGAUGAUGAUGGUUCUGCCUCUUCUGAUCAUUGUUCUCCUGCCCAAGGUGGUCAACACCAACGACCCAGAGAUGAGAAAGGAAAUGGAGCAGUCCAUGAACAUGCUGAACCCCAACCCCGAGCUUCCAGAUGUUUCUGAGCUCAUGACCAAGCUCUUCUCCGGCUCCAAGGGCUCCAGCAAGGCAGGCAGCAGCAGCAAGGGCACCAGGCCGGCUGCCAAGAGGAGGUAGUACUGUAAAUGUCCCCCAAAAUCUGCCUAAAGAAGCUUGAGUUAUGCCAUGGAAGCAAGAUUUUAAAGUGUCAUUUUUUUCUCCCCUCUGGGUCUAUUGUACAGUUUUCUUUAUUAUUAGAUGUUUUAAGCACAUCUUGAUUUCUCAUAUGCGAUUGGAUUAAAAAAAAAAAAGAUUUCUUUUUUCAUACUGCACUGAUAAAAAUUUCUCAAACCCCGCAAAAGCUGUUACCCUUCAUCCGCUCUAUAAGCUCUACAUGUGGCUCUACUACUCACUAAUAUUUUCUGUGCUAAUUUUUCGGUGUGCAUUUUUCCAUUGCUGCUAAUUCCGCUACCUGAAAGAGAUCAUAUAUACAGAGAUUUUCUUGUGUUUUUUUUCAAUUUUCAGUAAUAUGACUGUGAAUGAAAAUGAAUUGAAUUUUAAGAGUGAUAAAUUCUUAUUUAAAAGCCUGGAUAAAUAAACUGUAAUGGUAUAUAA